AUGAGAUUUCAACCAGUGACCCUAACCUUACGUUUCUAACAAUCUCAUUUUGGGCUCUGCUUUAUAGGCUUCUCUCUUGUUCUCUUUAGAUUAUCUUUUUUUAUUAAUUGUUUAGGAUUAACAAAGGAACACACAAAAAGAAAGAGAACAAGGGAGAUCUGGGUUUAUAUGAUAAAACCAGAUCUCUAACCAAAGUUCUCCGACAAUGAACGACCUCUUAAAGGGUUCUUCAGAGUUCUCGAGAGAUCGAUCUAAUAGAAGCGAUACUGAGUCAGGACAUGGCCCAGGUAACUCUGGAGAUCUCGGCCUCGCUGGUUUCUUCAAUAAGGUCCAAGAAAUCGAAAAGCAAUAUGAGAAGCUUGAUAAGCAUCUCAAGAAGCUUCAGGGGGCACACGAGGAGACUAAAGCCGUCACCAAGGCUCCCGCAAUGAAAUCAAUCAAACAAAGGAUGGAGAGAGAUGUUGAUGAAGUGGGAAAAAUCUCUCGUUUCAUCAAAGGAAAGAUCGAAGAACUGGACCGGGAGAAUCUGGAGAACCGGAGUAAACCGGGAUGUGGGAAAGGAACUGGAGUAGACAGAACAAGAACAGCUACAACUAUCGCGGUUAAAAAGAAGUUCAAGGACAAGAUAUCUGAAUUCCAAACUCUAAGACAAAACAUUCACCAAGAAUACAGAGAAGUUGUAGAGAGGCGUGUUUUCACAGUGACUGGCCAACAAGCUGAUGAAGAGAUGGUUGAUCGAUUGAUUGAAACCGGAGACAGUGAGCAGAUUUUCCAGAAAGCAAUCAUGGAGCAGGGACGAGGUCAGAUAAUGGAUACACUGGCUGAGAUUCAGGAACGCCAUGAUGCUGUCAGAGAUUUAGAGAAGAAACUCCUUGACCUACAACAGGUGUUUCUUGAUAUGGCCGUGCUGGUGGAUGCACAGGGAGAGAUGCUAGACAACAUAGAGAACAUGGUCUCCAGCGCUGUGGACCAUGUUCAAUCCGGGAACAACCAGCUAUCAAAGGCACUAAAGAAACAGAAAAGUUCGAGGAAAUGGAUGUGCAUUGCCAUCCUCAUCCUUCUUAUCAUCGUCAUCAUUACCGUUGUCUCUGUUCUCAAACCAUGGACACAGAAACAUGGUGCACAUGGUGCCUAAAGUUUUCUCCCCUCUGCCUUGCUUCUGAAGCUUCUGUAUACAAGAGUAUAAACUGCAUAUACAUACAUGUAUCAUCGCAUCAAAUAACAUCCUUCCACUGUCACUUAUCAAAAUGAUUUAUUCUUUUAACUGGAUCAAUGAAUGAAUUAACUAUUCUACAACUGCCAGAGGCAGAACAUCCCAGUCUUAAUGAAUAUUGAAUAUUAGAGAGAAAGUAACUUAAACCGGUUCAUAUUUCGGUUUACAAUUCUCGGUUUAAGCUACAUACCAAUACCUCAAUCAUAUCAUUGAUAUUUUGUUUUAUAUUUUUUCGGUUCUAUACAACCGAUAAAUCACAAACCUCGCAUCCAAACCCAAUUUGUUUUGCCGGUUCAAUUAGUUUGGUCCAUAUAUACCGGGUGUUAUUUUGAUAAAUCCACACGAGGUGGUGGUUUAGGUAUAAACUCGGUUUAUGGAUUUAUUUGAUCAUGAUUCGCUUCUUCUGUUGAAACAUGAAAAAAAUCUUCUGGAAUUUGCUGUAUAUAACUGUUGAUAAUCACAAGAGGACAAAUCUUUCUUCAAGAUUUGGGCUUGUACAGUAUGUUAUUUUUAUAUUAAAUGUGAUAAAUAAUCAGUUUAGUAUUUAUGUAUAACUACAAAUUCAGAUAAUACAUUAUCUUGUAGAUUUUUUCCCAUAAUUUGAUAAGAAAAUUAACUAAUUCAAUACCAUUUUCAUUCUAUUUAAAGCCAUAAUACUCACGACCAUUUUAGUCAUAGUAUAUUCAAAGCUUACAAUUUUAAACUAAUUUGGUCUUAUGGAUUUUUUAAUUGAAUUUGCUAAAGAAAUCAAUUUUGUCUUUAUGUAUAUUUAUUUAUGAAAUUUAAAUAAUACAUAUCUUGAUUAUUUUCUUUCCAUAAUUUGAUAAGAAAGUUGACUAAAUCAAUACCAUUUUCAUCCUAUAAAAUGUCUCCCACAACAUUGAUCAUAUACCAGUAUUUUUCUCAACAUCUAAAACAAUGGAGAAGAUCAUAUCAAUGAAGUUUACCUUUGUUAUCUUCUUAGUUGUUACAUCCGUGAUGAGUAUUGAGGCAACAAGGUCAUUACCCGAAGAAGCUCUUGAAACUAUGUUGCAGGGUGAAUCUUUGCCGUAUGGUGAGGAAAAAAUCCACUGCCAAAAAUGGUGUCAUGUAGAAUGUUUUCCGAUUCCUUUUAGUAAAAAAUGUUAUUGUGUGUGCACACAAUAAUAUAUAUGAUCAGUCGAUACCCAAAAAUAAGAAUAUGUGUUUCGGUUUCUCUCUUAUAAUUAUAUCAAAAACGACUUGGCCAGUUAUGUUAUUGUGUAAUGAUUUCUGUCCACUUUUUUUUUUUUAUGAAUUUAAGAUGGGCAAUGGAUCUCUGUGGGGAAAAACAGUUUAUAAUAUCCAAAGCUCUCCAGAGAAAAAAAUGGUCAGAUACACUACAAGAAAAUACACCUUUUUUAGAGGCCAAAAAAAUGCCAUCUAAGAAUAUUAUAGUGUUUUAAUAAGUGAUGUAUCAUCGCCCGUCAUAAUAGGUCAUUAGAUAACAAUUUUUUACGUUACUAUCGUAUUGUGAUAAACUAUAAUGCUUUUUCAUAUGCAAUCAAAAACUUUUUAAUAACGUUCAUUUUUUGUUAUUAUUUAUGUUAUUAAUAUAAAAAAUAAAUAAAAAAAUACAAAUAAAACUAUAAAAAAUUUAUAUAUUGAAAUUGCAAUUAUAAUUUAAAUUAGAUUUAUAAAUUAAAAUUGAAUUACAAUGAUUCAUAAAUUAAAACUAGUUUACAUAUAAAAAUAACAAAAUGUAAACAAAAAAAUAAACUAAAGAAAAAUUAAACCUAAAAAUACCUAACUCCUCGUGCUUGCGCGUCCGUCUUUCUCUUUGCUUACUCCAGCCGCCUCCUUUACCGGAUCUGUCAACCAUCAUCAGGAACUCCUCCACCAUCUUCAAACACAUCUGUUGUCCUCCUCCAUCCUCGACGCUUCAGCCACCCCCAUCUUCAAACACAUCUGUUGCAUAUACAUACAUGUAUCACCGCAUCAAACAACAUCCUUCCACUGUCACUAUCAAAAUGAUGUAUUUCUUUUGACUGGAUCAAUGAACGAAUUAACUAUUGUACAACUUCCAGAGGCAGAACAUCCCAGUCUUGACGAAUAUGAAUAUUAGAGAGAAAGUAACUACCAACCGGCUCAAAUUCGGUUUUUGAAUAUUCUCGGUUUAAGCUACAUACCAAUACCCCAAUCAUAUCAUUUGAUCUUUUUCUUUUCGGUUUCAUACAACCGAUAAAUCACAAACCUCGCAUCCAAGCCCAAUUUCUUUUCCCGGUUCAGUUAGUCUGGUCUAUAUAGACCGGGUGUUACUUUGUUAAAUCCACACGAGGUGGUGGUGGUUUAGGUAUUUAUUUGAUCAUGAUUCUCUGCUUCUUUUGAGGCAGGAAACAUCUUCUGGAUUUUCCUGUAUAUAACUGUUAACUAAGAGUUUUCAUGCACCAUGCCAAUAAUUUAAAUAUAUUUUAAUUAUCUUAAUUUAACAAUUUAUAUUUAAACAUUAUUAUUUUUAUCUUCAUUUUAUCAAUAUGGAGAACAUAAAAUAAAAUUUUAAUUAUAUGUAGUCUUUUUUUUGUUUGGUUUAAUUAUUUUUUAUUUUAUUUUAUUUAAAAUUGAUAAAUUAAAAUUCUUCUUUCUCAGAAUUAUUUAUAGGAUAAUGACUAUUUAUUUAAAUAUGUAUAUUAUCCCCUAGAUUUGUAGUUAUAUAUAUAUAUAUGUAUAUUAAUAAAUUUUGGAUUUUUAUUGUAGUUAAAAUAUGUUAAACUGGUAAAAAUAAACAUGUUAAUUUAUUUAAUGAACCAAUAAAUUUAAAUAAAAUUCCAAUCAAAUUAAUAUCAACUAAAAAUUAUUUUAUUAGUAUUGUUUCAGUUUUGUAUUUGUAGGGUACACUCAAUAAAUAAUUUUGAUUAUAUAUAUAUAUAUACCAAUUUUUAGAAACAUAAAUAAGAAAUUAGUUAUUACUAUAUAUAUUUCAAAAAUCUUGACAAAAAUAUUUUUUGUAAAAAAAAAAAUUACAUUAAUGGUUUUGAUGUACAAGUUAUUAGUAUUACCUUAUUUAAAAAAAAAUCUUUCCAAAAAAAUAAAAAUUUAUGAAGUAAAUUAUAUAAAUCAUUAUUAAGUGAUGUCAUGUUAUAUAAAUUCUUAAAGACAUGUUAUCUUUUUAUAGUGACAUGUUAUUUUUAUUAGUUAAAAGAAUGUGGUAAUGACACAUGUCAAAAUCACUUAUCAAAUCAUGUGUAGGGAUAAUCACAAGAGGACAAAAUUUUCUUCCAGAUUUGGGCUUAUGUUUUUUUUUAUUAUAUGUGAUCAAUAAUCAAUUUAGUAUUUAUGUAUAUCUACAAACUCAGAUAAUACAUUAUCUUGCAGAUUUUCUUUCCAUAUUUGAUAAGAAAAUUAACUAAAUCAACAUCAUUUUCAUUCUACAAAAUGGUUCCCACAACACUGAUCAGAAACCAUUAUUUUCUCAACAUCUAAAACAAUGGAAAAGAUAUCAAUGAAGUUUGCUCUUGUUAUUUUCUUAGUUGCUGCAUCCGUGGUGAGUAUUGAGGCAACACGGUUAUUAACCGAAGAAGCUCUUGAGACUGUUUUCCUUGGUGAAUCUUUGCCGCAUGGUGAGGAAAAAAAUCAUUUUGGAUCUCUCUUGCACUGCCAGAAAGGGUGGCAUGUGGGAUGUUAUACCGUUCCUCCUGCUGAUUAUGUAACAUGUACUUGUUUUCACGACUAAUCUGAUCCUUCUUAAUCGAAUCGUCAAAGAAUAAUGUGCUUUUCUAAUAUUAAUGAAAAACUGGGCCAGUUAUGUUCUAUCAUGUCAUUGUGGAAUGAUUUCUGUCGAGUUUCUUGAACUUAAGGUGGGCAAAGCUGUGUUACAAAAAAAAAGUGGGCAAAGGUCUCCAACAAAAAAGAAAUAGUCAUGGUCAUGGCUCUCUCUCUAACUUAUUCAUCGAUGAGCAACAAUGAUAAUACUACCGACAUAAAUAGAUUGUUCAUUGUGUUUGUUAUGUAGUGAAUAUAACUGUAAAUAGCAAACCCUAAGCUCUAAAAGUAUAUUUUAAAAUUAUUUUAAAAUAUUUUGUCAAAAUAGAAGAAUAAAUGUGGACAAACAACAAUCACAUCGUAGUGAAGAAACUCUUGAAACUGUGUUGCAUGGUGAAUCUUUGCCGCAUGGUGUGAAACUACGAGAUCCUAACUGCAAGAAAGGCUAUCGUGUAUUCGUGUGCUACGAGGUCCUAACCAAAGAAGAAAGGUCUCGUCGUGUGUUAUGUAUUUCCAAACCAUAUGUCGUAACAUCUUGUAUAUGCAACUGAUAUUCUUUAAUCGAACAAAUAAGAGUAUAUGAUAAACCUAUUAUACUGUGUUGAAUCAAAAUAUAUCAUUCAUGUCAAAUAAGAGUAUAAGAAACUUCAACUCCUUCGUCAAGCCAACAACCAAAAAGGAUAAAAUAGAAACCUCACAGCCAUGCAUGUAUUCUCUAACAUGGGUGGAAAGAAAGGGACAAUCUUUAAAGCAAAUCGAGCAGUCAAAUGCAAAAGUUUUGUUUGUACAGUAGAAACUCCAUAAUUAAUACUCGAAAAAAAAAAUUCACUUUGGACCAGUGUAAACUUUGAAAAAAUUCGACAACAUAAUAUUUUUUUGAAUUUUUUUAAUGUAAAUAUAUGGUCUCAAUAUCAAUAUAAAUUAAUAAUUAGUUUGUAUGUAGUUUAUACAAAUAUGAACCACAAAUAUUGUAUAGUUUGUUUCCUUGUUUUUAUUCACUGUCAAAUUUAUCUUUAAUUAACUUUUAUUAAUUUUUUAAAAUAUAUUGAUGUUACUAUAUCAUUUCAAUUUUCAAUGUAUUUACAUUUAUGGUAUAUAUUUUUUAUACACAAAUUGAUCGAAUAUGAACAACAAAAAAUUAUAAAAAAUUUAAAUAAUACAUAUACCAUUAAAUAAAUUAUUUUUCUUAUUUUUUACAUAAAAUAUAUUUUAAAUUACAUAAAUAUAAAAAAAAUAUUUUAAACAAAUUAUUAAUAACUCUAUAAAUUAAUAAAAUAUCAAAAUUUGAAUAUUAUUUUAUAUAAUUUUUACUGUAUGUAGGGUUUCUGGUCCUAAUCUAAUUAAAGCAGUUAUGCUCACCAACAUUUUAGUCAUAGUGUAUUAAAGUUUACAAUUUUAAACUGAUUUGGUCUUAUGCUUUUUUUUUUUAAUUAAAUUUGGUAAAGAAAUUAAUUUAGUCUUUAUGUAUACUUAUGAAAUUUAAAUAAAACAUAUCUUGAUGAUUUCUUUCCAUAAUUUGAUAAGAAAGUUGACUAAAUCAAUACCGUUUUUAUCCUAUAAAAGGCUCCCACAACAUUGAUCAGAUACCAGUAUUUUUCUCAACAUUUAAAACAAUGGAGAAGAUCAUAUCAAUGAAGUUUGCCUUUGUUAUCUUUUUAGUGGUUACAUCCGUGAUGAGUAUUGAGGCAACAAGGUUAUUAUCCGAAGAAGCUCUUCAAACUAUGUUGCAGGGUGAAUCUUUGCCGCAUGGUGAAGAAAAGUUCCAUUUUGGUCGUCACUGUCCAAAAGGGUGUCAUGUGGAAUGUAAUCCCGAUCCUUUUGUUGUAAGAUGUGGUUGUGUGUGUAACCAUUAAUCUGAUCCCUUUUAAUCGAUCUGUAUAAAUAAAAAUAUAUAUUUUUCUCUUAUAAUUAUAUCAAUAAACGACUUGGCCAGUUAUGUGAUUGUGUAAUGAUUUCUGUCCUGAUUUUUUUUAUGAAUUUAAGAUGAGCAAUGGAUCUAUGUGGUAAAAAAACAGCUUACAAUAUCCAAAGCUCUCCGGAAAAAAAAGAAUAUGGUCAGAUGGGGUCAGGUUUCAAAUUGUCAGACAAGAAGUUUCUAUCAAUUUGGGCAGCUUCUUGUCUUCUUCUUAAGGGUUCGAAUAUUACUUUAUCAAGGCUCUUGUUGCAGCUUCGGUUAUUUUUAUUUCUUUAAUCCUCGACCACAAUGUUUAGUUGCAUUUCUAUAUAUAAAAGAUUUUUAGUUCCCUGUAAAAAAGUCAAGAAGAGUUUAGUGCACAUCACAUGAACAAGUCUGAAAAACAUUGUUGGGUUGUGUUUGAUUCCAUCGUUCGUUACACACAACUGGGAUUUACACAGAAGUUUAUAUCCUCUUGAACAAAUUUUUCUGGAAGAACAAUGAAAAACUGUUAAUCUUCGUACAGUAGGAAACACUAAUGUUCUUACCAAAAAAAAAAGAAACACUCUAAUGUAGAGCUGAUAUACUCCUAACACAGUUUUUGUAUAUCUUACUGGAUUUUACUUUUUCUUUUUAUUCUUGGUUUCCUGUGAUGAUGAUGGUUCAUGUUUUCUUAGUGCCUUAGUGGUUCAUACACUUCUAAGCCAGUGUGGGUUUUAGCUGAAUGUUUACAGCUUUUAAACUCUUUUUCAUGAGAAUUUGCUAAAUGUGUCUCUGAUGAUAAGUUCCAUGUCGGUCCUUACCUACAUUACAACUAUAGUUUAGUUUGAGAGACUGUAGAUGGAUACUAAAUCAUGAAAAUAUGGUAUAACUGCGAUUCUUGACCCAAACUAUGACAUCUGUUUUACCAAAAAAAACUAUGACAUCUGCAAGGUUGAAUCUAUUUUUAUUUUGGUAAACUCUUAAAUUAUUAUGCCAAUUUUUAAUUUGUGAAAUUACAAAGAUAACUUAUAUUGAAGUAGUGUGAAAAUUUAAACUAAACAUCAUAGCCCAAGAUGAAAAUGAAACAAACCUGUAGUAAUAGCAGAAGAAAGUCGGAAAGGCAGCUAAGCAACGAGACAAGUUUGGACCAAUGAAUCUGUAUAUAUUUGUUGUGAAAAAAUGAAUCUUUAUAUAUUUUACAGCAUAAAAAUAUCGCAGUGAAGUUAAACCUCUCAACUGGCUAUCUUUGUAAUAUAAAUAUAAAUUAAUUAUUAGUAUGUAUAUAAUUUAUAUAACAUAAACCAUAUAUAUUGUAUAGUUCUUUUUAUUGACAUUAAAAUCUACCUUUAACUUUUUUUUAAAAAAAAUUCUAAAUAUAUUGAUGUUAGAUCAUUAUAAUUUUAAAAUGCAAUAGCAUUUAUGGUAUAUAUUUUCUAUAAACUAAAUGAUUGAUUUUAAACACCAUAAAAUUUAUAUCUAUAAAAUUAAUCAAUAUAUAUACCAUAAAAUAAAAUAUUAUCUUAUUUUUACAUAAAACCAAAUUGUAUAUUAUAUAAAUCUAAAAAUAUUUUAAUAAAUUAAUAAAUUAGCAAAAUCCAAAUAUUAUUGAUUUAUAGAGGUUUUACUGUAUGUAGGGUUUUUUGGUCCUAAUGUAAUUAAAGCCAUAAUUUGGUCUUAUGGAGUUUUUAAUUAAAUUUACAAAAGAAAUCAAUUUAGUCUUUAUGUAUAUUUAUGAAAUUUCCAUAAUUUGAUAAGAAAGUUGAAUAAAUCAAAUACCAUUUUCAUCCUAUAAAAUGGCUCUCACUACAUUGAUCAGAUACCAGUAUUUUUCUCAACAUCUAAAACAAUGGAGAAGAUCAUAUCAAUGAAGUUUGCCGUUGUUAUCUUCUUAGUUGUUACAUCCGUGAUGAGUAUUGAGGCAACAAGGUUAUUACCCGAAGAAACUCUUGAAACUAUGUUGCAGAGUGAAUCUUUGCCGCAUGGUGAGGAAAAAAUCCACUGCCAAAAAGGGUGUCAUGUAGAAUGUUUUCCCGAUCCUUUUAUUGCAAGAUGUUCUUGUGUGUGCAAACAUUAAUCUGAUCUUUUUUAGUCGAUAAUCACAUAUAAAAAUAUCGGUUUCUUUCUUAUAAUUAUAUCAAUAAACAACUUGGCCAGUUAUGUUAUUGUGUAAUGAUUUAUGUCCAGUUUUUUUUAUGAAUUUAAGAUGGUCAAUGGAUCUGUGUGGUAAAAAAAACAGCUUGUAAAAUAUCCAUAGCUCUCCAGAAAAAAAUAUGGUCAGAUGGAGUCAGGUUUCAAGUUGUCAGACAAGAAGUUUCUAUCAAUUUGAGCAGCUUCGGUUAUUUUUAUUUCUUUAAUCCUCGACCACUAUGUUUAGUUACAUUUCUACAAAAGGGUUGUUAGUUCUCUGUAGAAAAAGCCAGAAGAGUUUAGUGCACAUCACAUGAACAAGUCUGAAAAACAUUUUUGGGUUGUGUUUGAUUCCAUCGUUCGUUACACACAACUGGGAUUUACACACAAGUUUAUAUCCUCUUGAACAAAUCUUUCUAAAAGAACAUGAAAAACUGUUGAUCUUUUUACAGGAAGAAACACUCUAAUGUAGAGCUAAUAUUCUCUUAGCACAGUCCUUGUAUUCUUCCUGGAUUUACUUUUUCUUUUUAUUCUUGGUUUCUUGUGAUGAUGGUUCAUGUUUUCUUAGUGGUUCAUAACAUUUCUAAGCCAGUGUGGGUUUUAGCUGAAUGUUUACACCUUUUAACUCUUUUUCAUGAGCAAUUUGCUAAAUGUGUCUUUGAUGAUAAGUUCCAUGUCGGUCCUUUUCCACAUUACAACUAUAUGGUAAAUGAAUUUGGUUUGAGAGAUUUUGGAUGGAUACUAUAAAUCAUGCAAAUAUGGUAUAACUGCGAUUCUGGACCCAAACUAAAUGACUUAUGCAAGAUUGAAUCUGUAUAUAUAUUUUUGGUAAAGUGUUGAAUUAUUAUGUCAGUUUCUAAUCUGUGACAGAAAUUACAAAGAUAAUUUAUAUCAUAGUGCGAAAUUUUAAAUUAAACAUCAAACCCUAAGAUGACAAUGAAACAAACCUGUAGUAAGAGCGGAACAAAGUCGAAAAGGCAGCUAAGCAAUGUCUUCGGACCAACGAAUCUGUAUAUAUUUUAAGCAUAAAAAUAUUGCAAUGAAGUUAACUGGUUAUAAGGUGUUUGAGUGUUUCUAUGCAAUACGUAAACAUCAAAACUAAUUUAAGCUAUCACAUCAGACUGCCUUGGUUUCCGUAAACAGUCGGUUCUGUGAGCCUGGACAGCUUAAAUUUUUGGUCAAGAUUUGCGAACUACUUACUGAUGAUGCAGCUAUUGGUAUCCAAGGCGUGGCCAAAGUUUAGAUGCCAGCAGUUGGAGCUUAUGGAAAGAUUAAGAAAAUUGGAGUGGUGAAAAUUGGUGAAAGAGGAUAGAGUAACUAAAACAGGGGCUUUCCUCAUUGCUCAAAGUGUGAUAUAGCUUGAUUAUGCUCAAAAUCUUCGGUAGCUGCAGGUUCACCGUUUUAGAUGGCAGGCUUCUUUGAGAAUGAGGAAAUUGAUCCCUCUAUUUAGUUGAAACUUCGAGUGGUGGCUGUCAAGAUUUUUUGGGAUGACUAUUUAUUUAAAUAUGUAUAUUAUCCCCUAGAUUUCUAGUUAUAUAUUUAAAUAUAUAUAUAUUUAAAUAUAUAUAUAUAUAUAUAUAUAUAUAUGCAUAUUAAUAAAUUUUGGAUUUUUAUUGUAGUUAAAAUAUGUUAAAUUGGCUAAAAAUAAACAUGUUAAUUUAUUUAAUGAACCAAUAAAUUUAAAUAAAAUUCCAAUCAAAUUAAUAUCAACUAAAAAUUAUUGUACUAGUAUUGUUUCAGUUUUACAUUUGUAGGGUACACUCAAUAAAUAAUUUUGAUUAUAUAUAUAUAUAUAUAUAUAUAUAUAUAUAUAUAUACAAAAUGUUUAGAAACAUAAAUAAGAAAUUAGUUAUUACUAUAUAUAUUUCAAAAAUCUUUGCAAAAAUAUUUUUUUGUAAAAAAAAAUUACAAUAAUGGUUUUGAUGUAUAAAUUAUUCGUAUUACCUUAUUAAAAAAAAAUCUUUCUAAAAAAAAUAAACAUUUAUAAGUAAAUUAUAUAAAUUAUUAUUAAGUGAUGUCAUGUUAUAAAUUCUUAAAGACAUGUUAUCUUUUUUUUAGUGACAUGUUAUUUUUUUUAGUUAAAAGAAUAUGGUAAUGACACAUGUCACAAUCACUUAUCAAAUCAUGCGUAGGGAUAAUCACAAGAGGAUAAAAUUUUCUUCCAGAUUUGGGCUUAUGUUUUUUAUUAUAUGUGAUAAAUAAUCAAUUUAGUAUUUAUGUAUAUCUACAAACUCAGAUAAUAUAUUAUUUUGCAGAUUUUCUUUCCAUAUUUUGAUAAGAAAAUUAACUAAAUCAACAUCAUUUUCAUUCUAUAAAAUGGUUCCCACAACACUGAUCAGAAACCAUUAUUUUCUCAACAUUUAAAACAAUGGAAAAGAUAUCAAUGAAGUUUGCUCUUGUUAUUUUCUUAGUUGUUGCAUCCGUGUACUGUUUUGGUUUUGCAGUGAUGAGUAUUGAGGCAACACGGUUAUUAACCGAAGAAGCUCUUGAAACUGUUCUGCAUGGUGAAUCUUUGCCGCAUGGCGAGGAAAAAUUCCAUUUUGGUGUUCACUGCGAGAAAGGGUGCCAUGAGGAAUGUUAUCCCGAUCAAUUUAUUACAAGAUGUUUUUGUGUGUGCCCAUAAUCUGAUACUAUCCUGAAAUAAUAAUGUGCUUUUCUAAUAUUAAUGAAAAAACUGGUCCAGUUAUGUUCUAUCA